CGUGCGGCCACAGAACCACAGAUCGAGUUCAUUUGUCAGUCAGUUAGCAAGCAGCAGCAGCAGCAGUUCUCCAUCUAAAUCGCAAACCAAAUCCUAACCAGAAUGGCACAGAAACUGAUCCUUGUACUGAGCGCCCUGGUGGCGGUGUCCUCCGCCGUGGUGGUUCCCGGUCCCGGACUGGCCUAUCCAUCGUAUCCGGCGCUGGCCAAGGUGGCUGCUCCUCUGGUGGCCAAGGUGGCCGGACCGGAGCCCUACGAUCCCAAUCCCCAGUACACCUUCAGCUACGACGUUCAUGAUGGAUCCACUGGCGAUGUGAAGAGCCAGCAGGAGAGCCGCAGCGGAGAUGUGGUGCAGGGUGCCUAUUCCCUGAUUGAGGCCGACGGAACCCGCCGUAUUGUGGAGUACACCGCGGAUCCGGUGCACGGAUUCAACGCAGUGGUGCGUCGCGAGGGAGCUGUGGUGAAGGCUGUGGCUCCGGUGGCCAAGGUUCUGGCGCCGGCUCCUCUGCUCCAUGCUGCUCCCCUGGUGGCCAAGUUGCCCGCCUAUGGACCCGCCCUGGCGCCCGCCUAUGCUUCUCCCCUGGCCCAUGGAUACGGACCUGCCUUGGCCCCCGCCUUGGCCCCCGCCUAUGGACAUGCCUACGGACCUGCUCUGCCCAAGCUGGCCCUGCCCGCUCUGCCCGCCCUCUCGCCCCUGGGCUACCACUAAGUCAGAACCCCAAAACAUUGAUAUAAUGGAUACCCAUGGAUAUUGCCGACCUCUUGCCGCCUCUGAAUAAUGGACACAUCGCGACCAACUUCUCCUGCCCACAUGGCCUCCAGUUUGAGAACGGAAGGCCAUCGUGGGUUGAUCGUAGUCGAUAGUAGUUGUAGUAUUAGUUGAAAUGAAAGCGAUUUAUCGAAAUAUGUACAUACGAAUUUAAGGACAAAGGAUUCUGAACUCUGGAAACCAAUGUCCCCUCAUCUACACUCAAACAUUCUCGACGCCUUUCAUUUAUGUUUCUUGUCUUUUUAAUCUUAAGGCUGUUUGACCGCGAUAAAAACUCUAUAAUCCCCAACUUACAAUCACCGUUUCAAUUCUUAUUUAAUCCGAGCCUGUGCACUCGAGUAGAACUCGCAGAAUGAGAAACGAGAUUGCA